AGAGGUGAGGGACGGCUAUGUAGGCCUACGCCUACAUCUUUGACUGAUCAGUUGGAUUACAUUACCAUGAUCCUCCCGAUUAGUUAAAUAAACUUUAUUUAACACCUGCCAUGCAAAUGUGAUGCCUAACAGAUAACACUGUACAGUUAGCUGUUACAUCGUGACGCAUUUGUGUGUAAAACUCAACAUUGGGAAUAUGCCAUAGAUCAGAUCAGGUGGAUGAACCAGCAAGCCAGAGCGCAACCUUCAAACUGUUGAACCCGAAAUCAAACACUCGGCUCAACGUUGUGUCAUAUAAAACUUUUUUAUGGCAUUUAUAAACUAAGGAAUAUAUAAAGCAUAAGAAAAGCAGGCAUAACUCUGAGAACGAAAGAUGGCAAAGUUCUUUCCCAAACUGAAAUCUAAUUAUCACUGUUUGAUUCUGCUCCUGAGCUGCGGUUGGAGCUGCACGAUCAUCUUGUGUUUGUACUUUAAAACCACGGAUAUGCCUUUGACCCACAAUCAUGUGUCCAAACCCGCUGCGUGCGUUCAACGCAAGUGCGCUCCGGACCGCGAACCCACGGACUGGUUCUGCGCGCGUUACGCACCGACAGUCCAACUUUUGCUCAACAGCAGAAACAGCGAGUUAAGCGCAAACGUCUCGAGUUGGUGGACGAGACUAUUUGGAAACCGUGAUGCCAACUACACAACCUUGGUGAGGAACCUGUUCCAGCUCUUGCCAGAUCAAGAACACAACUCAGAUCCACACCGCUGCAGAACCUGUGCUGUCGUCGGGAACUCAAGAAACCUUCUGGGAUCACGUUAUGGACCUUUCAUAGAUUCCAAAGACUUUGUCAUGAGGAUCAAUAGAGGUUCAACAAAAGGUUUCGAAGAGGAUGUGGGAUCAAAAACCACUCACCGGAUUUUCUACCCUGAGAGCGUCGGGAUUUUGAACAACUCCACCCAUCUGGUGUUUAUUCCUUUUAAGGUUUGGGACUUUGAGUGGCUUAUCCGUGUCUUUACCACUAAACACACGACAAAAAAAUUUGGAUAUUUUCCAUCUACAAAAAACAUCAAUAAGGACAAGUUGAUGAUAGUUCACCCAGAGUUUAUUAAAUAUGUCUACGUGAACUGGACAGAGUAUCAUGGCUAUUAUCCGUCUACUGGUUUCCUAGCGGUGAUAUUCGCUUUGCACAUCUGUGAUGAGGUUGAUGUUUUUGGAUUUGGAGCUACAAAAGAUGGAACCUGGCAUCAUUAUUUUGAUAAAACAUUGAUUCCAUAUACUAAGACAAAUCAUCCUGGAGAGUUCGAAUAUGAAACAAUCAGUCGACUUCACUCGGAAAAGAAACUUUUUAUGCACAAGGGUUGGACAUGAAGCAAGUCGCAUUUUGAGACGUUCCUGGAAGAAAAAUGUAAUUGUUGUACAAUACCAAAAUGCAAUAUUGCAGUUUUUUUUAACUUGUUUUUCUAAGUCAUGUCAACUUAUCACAAGUCAAAACAUAAUUUAGUUAGUUUGGUAGUUUAAACUUCAUGCUGUAUUUUCUUUCAGUGUGGGUUGUUUUUGUUGGUUUUGGUGGUUUGUUGGGGGUAGAUACUAUAGUAGGGCAGUUAAGCGCAAAAAUCAAUCACUUUGUGAUAAAAGCAUCAAAUUUGGUAGAAAGGCUCACAAAAGGGGUCUGAUCAGAUUUAGGAUUGUAGGCCCUAGAAAUUUGGCCCCUGGGGGCCAUGGCAGCCAUUUUGAAAAAUGUCCAAAUAUGGAUUUCGUAAUGGGAAAAUGAAUUAAAAGCUGCCAGAAACAUAAAAUGCAAUAACAUAUUUCACCAUAAUUACAUGUAAAUAUGAGCACACUUUCACAAAAAAGGUAUUUAAACUUGAAAAUAUAAGAUAUGUUUUAACAUGGGUUAAUGGAUUACCUGUAAAUUCACGUUAUAUGAUCAAAAUUAGACAUCACAAUGACAAGUGAUUAAGAGCUGAUCUUUGUCUGGUCUCUAUCAAAGCAGUUCACCAAUGGUGAUACAAAAAGGUCAACUGUUUUUAAUUCUUUCGACGCCAGCGUUUUUA